AUGCCCUUCGAACGUUGGGCCCACCUGCCCAAGCGGCCAGUGGCCUUGGAAUGUGAAGCCAGGGGACGCGGGAACUUUGCAGGUUGUGAGUGGGGGCACUUUUCAGAUGUGAAGAACGAGAGCCUGCAGAGUGAAGGCCAGAGGAAGGCUGUGAGGAUCCCAAGCCUCCAUGCGGAGGCGACUCUAUUUCCAGAUCAGGAUCCAGGCAGGGAACAUGAGUUGUUUACCAACAAACCUGCUGCCAAGACCAGGCGCAAUGAAUUCCUCUUCCACCUGCACUUCCUGGACCUCCAGCUGAACGCCACAGAGGGCAACGUCUCGGGGCCGAGCGUGGGGAACACGUCCUCUCCGUGCGAGGACAUGGGCAUCGAGGUGGAGGUGUUUCUGACCCUGGGCCUCAUCAGCCUGCUGGAGAACAUCUUGGUCAUUGGGGCCAUCGCGAGGAACAAGAACCUCCACGUGCCCAUGUAUUUCUUCGUGUGCAGCCUGGCAGUGGCCGACAUGCUGGUGAGCUUGUCCAACUCCUGGGAGACCAUCACCAUCUACCUGAUCGCCAACAAGCACCUGGUGCUGUCAGACACCUCCGUGCGGCACCUGGACAACGUGUUCGACUCCAUGAUCUGCAUCUCCUUGGUGGCCUCCAUGUGCAGCCUGCUGGCGGUCGCGGUGGACCGCUACGUGACCAUCUUCUACGCACUGCGCUACCAGCACCUCAUGACCGGGCGGCGCUGCGGCGCCAUCAUCGCCGGCAUCUGGGCCCUGUGCACGGGCUGCGGCCCGGUCUUCAUCGUGUACUACGAGUCCACGUACGUCGUGGUCUGCCUUGUCGCCAUGUUCCUGACCAUGCUGCUCCUCAUGGCCUCCCUGUACGCGCACAUGUUCCUCCAGGCUCGCGCUCACGUCCGACGCAUCGCGGCGCUGCCCGGGUACCGCUCCGCUCGGCAGAGGACCAGCAUGAAGGGCGCCGUGACCUUGGCCAUGCUGCUGGGCGUCUUCAUCGUGUGCUGGGCCCCCUUCUUCCUCCACCUCAUCCUGAUGAUUUCUUGCCCUCAGAACCUCUACUGCUCUUGCUUUAUGUCUCACUUCAACAUGUACCUCAUCCUCAUUAUGUGUAACUCCGUGAUCGACCCUCUGAUAUACGCCUUCCGCAGCCAGGAGAUGCGCAAGACCUUCAGGGAGCUCAUCUGUCUCCACGGCUUCCUAGCAGCUUGUAGGUUCCCUAGCAGGUACUAGAUGGAAAGUUCUCCCUGCAGCUCUUCGCCUGCACUGUCCUUAGAUAAGGUGGUUUAGAAACUGCCAGACCAGGCAGUUCCUGUUGUGGCUCAGGGGUAAUGAGCCCAGCUAGUGUCCAUGAGGAUGAGUGUUCGAUCCCUGGCCUA